CAGCUGUAGUAUAUUUGUUUUUCUACAUUUCUUCUAGUGCUUAAUAUCAAUUAAUUCAAUUUAAGUGACUAGUUAUUUUUAAAUUAUUUUUAUUUGGGAACCAAAAAUCUGUGUAGUGAAAGAAUUAUCACGCAAGCCUUGUUUCAUACACAACAUGUCCGAUAUUAAUAAUAAAUCAUCAAUGAGCAAUCUGCAGCUCCCAGCUACAACAACCGCGGCUCAAAUGCUAGCACCUGCCAACACUGCACCACAAAAACUUAACUCAGGUUCCGCCACAGGCAAUCCACGCAACAAAUGCGCGCUCAAGCCUGGACAUUCGCUAAUGGAUUGGAUACGGCUAGGUAACUCAGGCGUAGAUUUAGCAGGCACGCGUGGUCGUAUAACACCGGUAAAUAGCGACGAGUUGGCGCGACAUAAUACACGCGAAGAUGCUUGGAUGGCGAUACGUGGCAAGGUGUACAAUGUGACCCGUUACAUGGAUUUUCAUCCUGGUGGUGUCGACGAGCUAAUGCGUGGUGUUGGACGCGAUGCCACAAAACUCUUCGAUGAGGUGCAUGCAUGGGUAAACUAUCAGCAAUUACUGGUAAAAUGCUAUAUUGGUCCACUGCGUACGCUGGCCAAAAUGAGUUCCAUACCAGAAGGCAAGACACCCGUGCCAACAGCGAACUUUGACAUACCGUCCACUAACAAACCGCUAAACACAAACACCGAAAUUGUGCCACGUUUUGACUGGAUACAAAAACGACAAGACCUCACAAUCUAUAUUUACACACGCCAACUUUGCAAUCCUGGACUGCUGUUGCGUCGUAAAUGUGCUAAGCUACUGCAACUGCAGGUGCAAAUAGAAAGCGCUCAACAUAAUUUUGAAUUCGAGCUGCAUGAUGAAGUAGAUUGGCCACCAAAAUCGGUGCGUGUUGGUAUCGAAACGGGUAAAAUCGAAGUAACGCUCACUAAAACUGAGCCUGCUUUAUGGCCAACAUUUGGCGCACACACUGUAACGAAAAGUUUAGUAGGCGAAACAGAGGAUAUGCAGUUUGAAUAUGAAGUGGUGAAAUGUACGGAUUUCAAUCACGAUUCAUUUGUAUUAUGUUUGCGUGACAUACAAGAUACAUUGUUGGUGCUACCCAUGGGUUAUCACAUGUCUGUGGCGGCACUAAUAAAUGGUGAUUUGACUCGUCGUAGUUACACACCUGUGCUCGGCAAAUUCCUGCCACAACCUUACGCUGACAAUGAAAGCAAUAGUACAAAUUUAAAUUUCCUUAUUAAAAGCUAUGCUGAUGGCAUACUAUCGACGCAUUUGCGUCAAAAGCAAAACGGUCAGAUGUUACUACUCUCAACGCCACAUGGUAAUUUCCGUUUACAACGUUUGCAGGCGCAUCGUCAAAUCGCGCUAAUCGCUGCCGGCAGUGGCCUGACGCCUAUGCUAAAUCUAAUUGAGCAUUUGCUGAAACGAAAUACAAACCGAAUCGACUAUUUACGUUUAAUAUACUUCAAUAAAACGCCCGCAGACAUAUGGUGUCGCAGUGAGCUGGAGCAGCUGCAAACAAGUGAUGAGAGAUUCCAAUUGGUGAAUGUGCUUUCCGCAGCCGACGCAGACUGGACGGGUUUACGCGGACGCAUAUGCAACGAACUACUCGCACCGUUAAUGACGAAAAAUACACCAGAAUAUGCUAGUUUUGUGGCCGUAUGUGGUCCCAGCGCAUUUAGCCAAGCAGCGGAGGAUAUAUUAAAGAUGUUGAAUUUCAAUUUGGAAAAUGUUCACAUUUUUCAGGGUUGAACUAAAACGCUGUAUUUAUAUAGAACUUUAAGGCAAAAGAGUAGGCGCAUGAAAAUGUAAUUAUAUUACAUUAUUAUUGUUUUGGCUAUUUAUCCACAUAUGUACUUAGAAAAUGUUUUGUAAUGGCGCAGAUUUUGUAAAAAUAUAUAUGUAUGUAAUUAAAAAAAACAAUAUCAAAUUUUAUAUCAAUAGUUUGUGGGUACAUUGGGUUUUCUGAUAUUGAAGAAAUAAAAAAAUAAUAAUAAUUUCCAAUUUAAAAAUAUUCAUUUUCGACUGUUUAUUAUUUCAAUAACUUUCAUAUACAAUUGUUUCCUUCCUCUUUUCAUUAUCGUUAAAUAUUUUUGUUUUUAUGUUUUUUAUGUUUAGGUAUAUAUAAUUUAAUAAAAUUUUAACAAAUCACUAGAAGUAGCAAAAAAGAACAUACUACAAAUACACAACACACCACUUCUAGCAGAAUAUCAUGAAGUUUUAAAGUAUUUAAAGACAGUGUUAGAUUUUUUUCAACGAAUGCGUUACAUUAAGGCGACUUCGCUUGGCUCUACCGCGCACUAAUUAUAUACUAAGAGAAAAAAAGUAAAAAUAUUAAGUAAAUAAAAACACAAUUGUUGGUUUUCUUUGCUAAAAGUCAUCAACAUUAAGUAUGCAAUGCAAGAUACCUUUAGAAGUGUUGUGUGUCGUUAAUUGGAUGCAUGUGUUGCCUAUGUGUGUGCGGUUUGGAGGGCAGAAAACGUUAAACGCAUUUCGUUAAUAAAUUACAUAAGUUCCAUAAAGUAAAGGGAAGGGAUGGUGUUUAAUUUGCUGCUAUAUAUGGCUUAUU